GGUGUUCGUAGCCAUAGCGUGCCAUAGUUUUACGCACUCCACAGGCGUGAAACCGGGCGUUUCACUGCGUUCGAAGCGGAAAGUGUUUUGGCGGCUGUUUGUUCCCCCGAAACUUCGACACUGGCCUAAAGGAUACUGCUCAGUUUCGGAAUGGCAUCUCGGCGACCUCCGGACAACCAAACGAGCAGAAGUUCGACUUCAUUUGGGCAACCUAAGAAGGCCCAGUGGUACACCCUUGCUCAAUGGGCCGCGAAUAGAUCGUCGGCCACCACGGAAGCGUCGCUCAGUUCGACCAUAUUGAAAACGAGCGCCGAAGACUCCGAUGUAACGCGUAGCGUCCCUUCAGAGCCGGAAUCGAGCCGCCGGCAAAUAUCACAGACAAGAAGGCCGAGCAAAGGCGACGACACGAGCUCCAGCCUGCGGCGCCGCGAAAGUGCGGAAGUGAAUCAACGGAGAGAAGAGAGCUCGUCGUCAGUAACUCCGCCACCAAAGACGCCUCGUCACGAGCACGGGCAAGCACCCGAACCACCGCCACCUUCACCUGCCACACCCACCGGCGAUCCGCGAGGACCAGUGGUGCAAGGUUCUUUCUGGAGUCGUCCGUACCUUCGUGGUGAGCACAGUACGAGGCCUCUCGGUCGCGUCUCUAGUCCUGCAUCAAUGGGAGGCCAGUCUUUCCGGACUCGCGAUGACAGUUCGCGGCACUCCGGGCCCAUGGACAGUCCAGGUCCAUCAGGACGCCAGUCCUUCCAGGCCGCGCCUUAUCUUCGUGAGGACAGCCCAUGGCGUCGGUCCCUGGGGCCUUCGACGUCCUCAUCGCGACAGCGCGUCGCUUACAGUGCCCAGAAAAGUGCGCCCAAAGCGAAACCUUCAGGCAACAAGCACAACGGCGCAAGACAGGCAGAAGCUAGUCCGCAGCGAAUCGCCUUGACGUUCUCUUCGCGACAGAGCGUCGCUCACAGUGCCAAGAAAAGUGCACCCAAAGCGAAACCUUCAGGCAACGAGCACAACGGCGCAAGACAGGCAGAAGCUAGUCCGCAGCGGUCUACCGCAAGCCGAUCGACACGAUAUGCAGCGAGCACGUCUUUUCGCCCCGAAGAACCCCUUGAUAAAAGUGCGUCCACUUCGACGGGCAGGAUUGACAACGGUACUGAGGCAGAGCCCGCUGCGUAUGUCGGUGGGACCUCGGAGCAACUGGGACAGGCGUCCGCUUCUCGGCCAUCGGACCAACUGGCGCCGCAGCAGGGUGCGAUAAAGAAGGCGAGAAUACCGGUGGUCAACAGAGUGCUCCGAGAAAUCAAGCGGCUGCAGGCAGGAACGCGAAAUCUCAUACCGCGGCGGGCUUUCGCCAAAGUGGUUCGCGAGAUGAUGCAGCGCCACGGCGGUCGCGAUCUGAACAUGCAGAGUCUGGCGCUCGAAGCCCUUCAGGAAGCCAGUGAAACGGUUCUCUUGCACGUCCUAGGGGGCUCGAACAUUAUGGCACGCAACGCGCGCCGCGUAACCAUCAUGCCAAGGGACAUGGCAUCAUUGCUCCUAGUCAUUAGAAAUUAUGGAAACCUGCAGCUGUCUGUAUCAUGAUUCAUUGCAAUGACGCUUGAUGUGUUGUAAUGCGAAUAAAUAUUAGUUUAUUUCGGGGUGCGUAGAUUUUUAGACG